CAGUUUGCUGUAACCAGGCGCCAGACUGAGCUGGAGCAGAAACCUGCAGCGCGUUUUUCUCAUUGCUCUCCUUCUUCUUCUUCUUCUUCUUCUUCUUCUUCUUCUUCUUCUUCUGUGAUGGAAACGCUCUCAAAGGGAAUGGCAUCUGCGAGGGGGCUGCUGGCACAAAACAGGAAUCUAACCCUCACCCCAGGCACUAUGAGCACAAUGCCAAAGACAGCACAUUCAUCAGAAGCUCAGCUCUAAGAGGACAGAGGAUGGCAGGAGGUGUAAGGAUGGGACAUAGAUUAGACUUAUAUGUGAGGCUGCUGGCAGUGAGCGUGUUACUGGGAGCUGAUCUGGGCUGGCUGGGCCUGACACACCAGGUUGGGGUCAACGCCCAGCACACUGAGAGAAGGGUACUGACACACAUCCCUGGUGACAUCAUCAUAGGAGCUCUGUUCUCCGUCCACCAUCAACCACCUGCAGACAAGGUCCACGAGCGAAAGUGUGGCGCGGUGCGUGAGCAGUAUGGGAUCCAGAGAGUGGAGGCCAUGCUGCACACUCUGGAUCGAAUCAACGCAGACCCCGCCAUCCUCCCCAAUAUCACCCUGGGCUGCGAGAUCAGGGACUCGUGCUGGCACUCUGCGGUGGCGCUGGAGCAGAGCAUCGAGUUCAUUCGGGACACUCUAGUGUUCAACGAAGAGGAGGAGAGCCAGGGCAGGUGCCCCGCCGAGGCAGGGAGCCUGUUGGUGCAGGGGAAGAAGCCCAUCGUGGGACUGAUCGGACCAGGAUCCAGCUCUGUGGCCAUCCAGGUGCAAAAUCUCCUCCAGCUCUUCAACAUCCCACAGAUAGCUUACUCAGCCACCAGCAUGGAUCUCAGUGACAAGAGCCUGUAUAAAUAUUUCAUGAGGGUGGUGCCAUCAGAUAUGCAACAGGCUAAAGCCAUGGUGGACAUUGUCAAGAAAUACAACUGGAGCUACGUGUCUGCAAUACACACAGAGGGUAAUUAUGGUGAGAGUGGUAUGGAAGCAUUUAAAGACAUGGCAGCAAAAGAGGGGAUCUGUAUCGCCCACUCUGAUAAGAUAUACAGCAACGCAGGAGAACAGAGCUUUGAUAAGCUAUUGCAGAAGCUACGAGUCCAUCUGCCCAAAGCCAGGGUUGUGGCCUGCUUCUGCGAGGGCAUGACGGUCCGAGGCAUACUGAUGGCCAUGAGACGACAACGCCUAGUGGGAGAGUUUCUGCUGGUUGGAAGUGAUGGCUGGGCAGACAGGUCCGAUGUGACCGAUGGCUACCAGAGGGAGGCAGCUGGUGGAAUCACCAUAAAGCUGAAGUCAGCAUAUGUGACUUGGUUUGACGAUUAUUACCUGAACCUGAAGCCUGACGCCAACCUGAGGAACCCCUGGUUCCCCGAGUUCUGGCAGCAUCGCUUCCAGUGCAGGUUGAGGGGACAUCCGCAGGAGAGCAGCAUGUACAACCGCACCUGCAGCUGGAGAGAGUCUCUGCGCCAUCAGUACGCCCAAGACACCAAGAUGGGCUUUGUCAUAAACGCCAUCUAUUCCAUGGCUUACGGCCUGCACGCCAUGCAGCAAUCCCUCUGUCCAGGAUAUAAGGGUUUGUGUGAGAUCAUGCGGCCCAUUGAUGGCCGUAAGCUCCUGGAGUUCCUGAUGAGAACCAACUUUACUGGUGUGUCCGGGGAGACCAUCCACUUUGACGAGAGUGGAGACUCGCCGGGCAGGUAUGAAAUCAUGAACUUCAAGCGCACAGGCGAGGAUGAGUACUCUUACAUCCAUGUGGGAAGCUGGGAUCAGGGUGGCCUAAAGAUGAACGAUGAGGAAAUCUGGAGUAACAACAGUGAAAUCAUCCAGUCAGUCUGCUCUGAGCCCUGCCUGAAGGCACAGAUCAAGGUGAUCCGUAAAGGAGAGGUGAGCUGCUGUUGGACUUGCACUCCCUGCAAGGAGAACGAGUUUGUGUUUGAUGAGUACACUUGUCGAGCCUGCGUCCUUGGCUUCUGGCCCACAGAUGACCUCACUGGUUGUGAGCCAAUCGCGGUGCAGUAUGUGCGUUGGGGGGAUCCAGAGCCCAUCGCUGCAGUGGUCUUCUCCUGCCUGGGCCUCAUGUUUACACUUUUUGUUACUUCUGUCUUCAUCAAAUUUUGGGACACUCCUGUGGUCAAGUCAUCCAGUCGUGAGCUCUGCUACAUCAUCCUGGUUGGAAUAUGUCUGGGCUACGUGUGCACCUUCAGCCUUAUCGCCAAGCCCCACAUAAUUUACUGCUACCUCCAGCGGCUGGGAAUCGGCUUGUCCCCCGCCAUGAGCUACUCUGCGCUGGUCACCAAGACCAACCGUAUAGCACGGAUCCUGGCAGGCAGCAAGAAGAAGAUCUGCACCAAGAAACCGCGCUUUAUGUCCGCCUGCGCACAAUUGGUCAUCGCCUUCCUACUCAUACUGCUGCAGCUUGGGAUUAUUGUGGCACUUCUCAUCAUAGAGCCACCACAGGUGAUCUAUGACUACCCCAGUAUCCGCGAGGUGCACUUGAUCUGCAAUCUGACCACUCUGGGGGUGGUGGCGCCGCUGGGCUACAACGGCCUGCUUAUCCUGAGCUGCACCUUCUACGCCUUCAAGACUCGAAAUGUUCCGGCUAAUUUUAAUGAGGCCAAGUAUAUUGCCUUUACUAUGUACACCACCUGUAUCAUCUGGCUGGCCUUUGUUCCUAUUUACUUUGGCUCCAACUACAAGAUCAUAACCAUGUGCUUUAGUGUCAGCCUCAGUGCUACAGUGGCUCUCUGCUGCAUGUUUGUCCCAAAGGUGUACAUCAUGCUUGCCAAGCCUGAGAAGAAUGUCCGGAGUGCUUUCACAACAUCCACAGUGGUGCGCAUGCAUGUAGGUGAUGCCAAGAAAGCUGCCAAGACAGGCAAAUCCUCUAGCAGCAUGGCCAACCUGUUUCGACGCCGUGGCUCUGCGCAUGAUAACAUCAGUGCCAAUGGGAAAUCGGUGACAUGGGCGCAGAAUGAGCACAGCUACAGACCAAACAUAUGGAAGAGGAUGUCGUUCCAUGUCAAGAGAAAGGGGGCGGUGGAGGUGAACCAGACAGCUAUCAUCAAGCCCUUCUCUAAAGCAGGAGAGACACCUGUGGACACUGGCGUCACAGAGCAGUAUGAAGAGCAACAGGCGUCUCCGCCCUUCACCUGCUCCCCCUCUCAGUCACCGAGUUUCCAGAGCGUAGAGGGCGGAGAGGACGGACAGGCUUUACCCACCUACGUACCUGAGCACCCAGCUGGAGUCAGAAGAAGAGGCGGCGACAACGGCCAGGGUUUUGUUAUGGUGGACGGUGGGGACAUUAGCGUCAUAGGCGUGGGUGACAUCGGCAUCGGGAUGAUUGGCCAACCUCAGGGCACCACUAUCAUGGACCAAAUCAGCUGUGUGGUUAACCGUUUCACCGCCAACAUCAGCGAGCUGAACACCAUGAUGCUGCCAGGUGGAGUCAGCCCCACGUCCACCCCCGCGCUGCCUGCAGCUGCAGAUGCCGCCCCCUGCACACCUCAGUACGUCGCAUCCAGGAGCAGACAGGCCCCUUCCACCGUCACCACAUACGCCGAGGUCGCAGCCGUGUCCAAUUUCUGCGAGAACCGACCAGCAGGUAAGAUUUACGAGCACCUGGCCGGGACUUGCGUGAGUGGCAGGCGAGCCAAGGAUAUGGAGGAACUGGUGGCUCUGACGCCUCCCUCCCCGUUUAGAGACUCGUCUCUGAGCUCCAGCGGCAGCUCACCGCCCUCGCUGUCCCCGGCCUCUGAGGUUGAAUAUGACCAGCUGCUGCUGAGACACUACAGCCAGAGCUCUUCCUCUCUCUAAUCUCUCUACAACCUUUUUUUCUCCCCGUUUAUCCUUCUAUUUGGAGUAUUUUUUAAAAAAGACAAAUCUUCAGACUGGACCAGACUCUUGGAUGCCUUUCUACAUGUGGAUAUUCUGAAUUUUUAAGCAGUUUUUAAAAUACAUUUUCCUUUUGAGAUUGGAUUGAAUGCACUCACACAUGCCUCGGUUGAGAGGACUGAGAGAAAAAUACCAGUGGCAAGACUGCGAAUACUAAAUGCUGAAAUUAAGCUGAGCAGUUGUCAGUGUGCAAACUGAAACAUAGUCAUUUUACACGGGCAUUUUACAGACUUUUAAAUGCUAUACUGACUGAAACAAGUUUCUAACUUGUCAAAUUCCAAAGAAAAUACUGAUGAGCUGAGAAAACGUGUAAAAUUGCCUAUUAUAUUUUUAUUUAAAGGUAUAAUAUGUAACAGUUGUCAGUCGCUGUUUGUAAACACAUGGCAUUCAAUGUUGGCCACACCUCCACAGCUCCCCGAGCCGAGAGGGAGAGAGAGAGAGAGCAGCGAUGGUCAAGCGAGCUAUAGAGUGACUGAAGAGAGAGAGCGGCGUUAGUGAGAACAAAGCAGCAGAUCAGAGAAAUAAAACAUUAUUUUCUGCUGGCUGUGGCUCAGCGCUGCUCUCGUUAAACUACAGACACACUGAUCAUAGCUGCACUCACAGCACAGAGAGGAGCAGGGGGAUCACUGGAACACAUGCACAUAACACAACCCGCUCUCAUCCGUGAAAUACAGCCGCUUUGUAUCUAACAGAGCUAAAGUGGGACUUGUUUGUCAGUAUCAGAGCAUUUGACCACCUGAACGGGCAGCACACCCUGAACGCUGUUAUUGGCUGGGGGUUACACCUCCAAGUUUGGGCCCAAAGGCUGUUUGCAGAUGCCCAGAAGCGUCCCGAGUAAAACAAAAGAAGAAGAAAAGAGAAAAUACAGGCAGAAGGCGGAAGGAUCUCUGCAGAAACAGACACCACCACACACUUCUAGUGCAGCAUGAAGUAAUGAUUGAGAGGAAUUAUUUUUCAGUCUAUACAUUGUUUUUUAGGAAAAUCUUGCAUAUUAUACCUUUAAUUAUAAAAUGGUUAUCAAUCAUAAGUGGGGAAUUUUACCAAAUAUUUAUGUUCAGUGUGGCUCAUAUACUGACUCAAAAUGGCAUUUGAUUUUUUUGUUUUUUUUAGGUAAGCGCAGGUAUUAUAACACUGAAGAUAGUUGUAUUUCAGUUGUAUAUUUUGCAUCACAUUAUUAUCAUAAACAGAAAGCGUGAUUUGUUUUUUUAUUGCUUACUGUGUAUUAUUGCUUUUGACUAAUCUUUAAAAGUUUGAGACCCAGGUGGAUGCAGAUUGUAUCAACAAGAGGCAUCUAUCUGUCCAGAAAAAAAUAACUCAAAUAACUGCCUGAAAAUCAAAAGAUCAAAUGCGACACUUUUUUCCCAUCCUCUGAUUUGUUGUCAGUCCUGGAAGACAUAAGCGAGCAUUUUGGGAUGCUAGAGGAGAAAGUGUACAGAUGCUGCAUUACUGUAUGCGAAUCAGGAAGCAGGUUUUUCUGUGUGGGGAUUUCUCAAUGACCUUCCUUUGUCUUGGACAGAAAACAUUUACUGAGAAUGAAACCUGAGAGGAAAGUUUCAGUUACAAGUUUCAGUUUCAGUUUCAAGUUUAUUUGUCACAUGCAUUUAAAAGUACAGUGUACAGUGAAAUGCAAUGAAAUGCAUUUUACCCUGGCUCUCUCUCAGCCCUUAAAAUCUAUAAAUAGUACAGUUGAUAAAUACUACAAUAAAUAAGACAAUACCUAAGAAUAAAAUUAUAAAACAACCUAAAACAUCCAUAAAACAAUCCACAGCUCUGCAUUCAUUUAGUGCUACUGUUCAGUAGUCUGACCGCCUAAGGGUAAAAACUGUCUCUGAGGCGAGAGGUCCGAGCUCUGAUGCUCUGCAGGCGCUUCCCUGAAGGGAGAUAUGAGAAAAGUGUAUAUGCUGGAUGACUUGUGUCCUGCAUGAUACAAAGUGCUUUCUUCCUACAGCGAGUGGUGUAAAUGUCCUGUAACUAUGGUGACGGUGAUCCAAUAAUUUUUGAUGCUGUUUUCACUGUCCUCGUCAGGAGGACAUGAUAUCAUCAGGUGUCUAACCCACAAACAGCUUAUGGACUACUUGGAUGUCUACUUUAAUUCUUUUCUCUAGAUGUGACUUAGCUGAAUGUACAAUAAGUUGUCAUUUGAAGUGGACCAAAAUGAUCUUCCACCUCAGGAUGUGUCUGAACCAAAAUACUUUCUGACUUCAACUCCUACCUGCUGAUAACGAGCACCGUCAUCUGUUGGCUCAAAAUGUUUCCAGUUUGCAUGAUGUCAACAGUUGGUUGCACUAUUUAAGAUAUAUUUGUAAUGACUUUUUGAUAUUGUUCAUGUGAAACGAAUAAGACAAAUAUAUACAGUAGCAAAGUAAUGAUACUAUCCGUGUGUGUAUAUGAUUAAUUUUAGGAGGACAGAAGCAAACUGAAUGUGUGCCAGACAUCUAUUUCGAAACGGUUGUUUCUAGCUUCGCUUUUUACCUACAUACAGUAUGUGCCAAUGUCUCCUUGCAGUAAAUGACAUUGUGUUUCUAUAAAUGCGCUCAUGUUUCAGGCAUUAUAAGGAGGAGGUUAUUUUUUAUAAUAUUUUAUGACUAUGGUAUCUCUAAUGCUUGAACAUAUUCAAUGAAUAUCCUUUUUUGUAUCUGCAUUUUUGGCCUCUCUGAGGAUGUAGAUGAAUGACAGUAUGGAUUGACAGGCUAGCAGAUGUAACUGAUGAUUUUCAUGUCGGAGCUAUGCUUGCUUAUCAGUCCUUCUGUCCUUCUUUUUCUGUAUGUUUACACAGGCAGGAAUGUGUUUAUGUUUUUUGAAAUGUGCAGUGUUUUUCUACUGGCUUUUCGAAGACAAUUGCCAUAUUUGCAUGCAAGUUUGUGCCAAUUUUUGCAGGUGUAUUCUACGCUUUAUGCCAAUAAUUCACUGAAAUAAUCUAUAGAAGACAUUUGUCUUGGUAUUAUCUCUUCAUAUGCCUUUCAGAUUGCCAGAAUUUAUAAUUUAGACUUGUGCUGCAUUAAAGGUUUCCAUCCAAAAUGCAAUACAUGUUCUUACAAUCAUUUAUAAUUCAUUGUAAAUGCUCCUUAUUUUAGGAAUUCUUCAUUAAUUAUAGGAAUGCUACUUUAUCUCAAUAUUCAAAAGUCAAAAUGUCUCAAAGUGGCUUUUGAAUGACACUUAAAAAUCAAAUUUUCUAUCAUGUUUUAAGGAGUCACAUUUAUUUCUAAUGCUAGAAACUGGAUCAUGUGCAGCGGUAGUUAUUUUUACACUUCCUAUGUCGAUGUUAUUUAUGAACCUUCGCUAAAUAAGAAGAUAAUUGUGUCAAAUCAAGGUGCGAUAAUUAAUAAACCUUAUGGGAAAUAGG